AUGGUUUUCUGGCGACAUCUGGCAGUUAAGAAAAUCAAGUCUUCUGUGGUUCUCUUCAUCUUCAUCUCUCUCUUCAUGCAUGGGUCAUGCAACUCCAUCAUGCCGAACUGCUCUCGCCCCGAUUCCCUCGCCCUGCUGGAGGCUCUCAGGCCAGUUUUCAACCUCAGCUCCAUCCGACCCGUCGUGAACAUUUCGACACCCACUCACGUCAGUAUCGACUUCAUCCUGGUCAACAUUCUGGGGGUGGACGAAAAGGCCCAGAUCCUCACGACGUACAUCUUCCAAUACCUUAUAUGGAGAAACGAGUUUGUCAGCUGGAACCCGACCGAGUGCGGCACAGAGUGGCUUACGGUGCCCAGAAAGCUGCUGUGGAUUCCCGAUGUGGUCAUCAACGAGUUUAUGGAGAGAAACUUGGCGCAAAAGCCGGCGUACACGUAUCUGUUACACAACGGCACGGUGCUUGAUGCACAGCCCGUGCGAGUGGUCAGCUCCUGUAGACUCGACACCUACACCUUUCCCUUUGACAUCCAGAACUGCACGUUAACGUUCAACUCCUACCUGCAUCGCACAUCUGCCAUGCAGCUGGGACAAAUAUUCACAACAGAGAAAAUACUGGAAUUUUCCAAAGAAAUGAUCAAAACUAAGGGCGAGUGGGAACUCAUUGGAAUCGCAGCGUCUAAAAACCGACUACCAUCUUCUGCUUCUGUUGGAGAGCAUUAUGACGAGCUUCGCUUCUUUAUCUCGUUACGACGCAGGUCCACGCUCUACGUGGUCAACCUGUUGAUCCCCAGCUGCUUCCUCAUCACCGUCGACCUCUUCAGCUUCCUGUUGCCUCCUCAGAGUGUGGACCGCUCCUCCUUCAAGAUGACCCUCAUCCUGGGCUACACCGUCUUUCUGCUCAUCAUGAACGACCUGCUGCCCAUCACGGGGAACACCAUACCUCUCAUAAACGUGUUCCUGUCCCUGUGCCUGGCUCUGAUGGUAGCAAGCCUCCUGGAGACGGUGCUCAUCACCAACCUCCUGCAGGGUUCCUCUCGCCACUCGCAGCUUCCCGGCUGGCUCCGACUGAUCGUCAUCAACAUGUUGGGGCGCCUGGUGCUGCUUCCUCCAAAGUCGACACAAGCGGUGGUCCAAAACCCGUUCACGCUGGGUAAGAACGUGGGAUACGUGGAGGCGGUCAGUGGAGGAGCAGGUGUGGGCGGGGCCCUGAGAAAGCAGGGCGUGGUCCAGCAGGAGCUGAGGAGACUGGGGGAGGACCUCCGCGUCAUCCGCCUGCGGUUGGAGCAGGAAGUGGCGGGCGACCAGAGCUCGGAGGAGUGGGUCCAGGUGGGCUUCAUCGUGGACCGCCUGCUGUUUGCCAUCUACAUCAUCUUCAUAUCUGUCAGCUUCCUCACCAUCAUCCUCAUCUGGGUCAACUCAUAA